AUGGCAACUCCUCGAAUAACUUCCAUUCAACUGGAACAAUGGCAACAUUUACUCCGGGCUACGCUGCGGGAGUGUACCUAUCUUCCCGAUCCGAUUGCUCGAACCUACAUGCAUGGCUAUGUUUUGGACCGAUAUCGCCGAGCUUUCAAAUCUAAGCAGCCGGAAGCCAAGUUGAUACACACAGCUAAGAAGGAAUUAUCUCGUCUUCGAAGAGCAAAUGAAGGCUACCCCCGUCCAUUGGACCGAGUCAUGAUGAUGUCCUAUGGUCGCAUUGGAAAACGGAGACACGAGUUACUAGCCGAGUUGAUGAGCCCUGAUGUCCCGACAGACACCGACGCACUCAGAGAACUAGUCACCAAGGCUCCAAACUUUACGGAUGGAUGGGAGCCUCCGCAAAUCAUCUUGUCUCUUAUCAAAUCUCAGAUGAACAACGGAGUGGUCACAUCAUCUCGCAUUCGACCUCAAUUAAAAGGCGUCGAACCACCCAUACCUGAGAAGAACAGCUGGGGUCGACCUCUGGGAGAAUCUCGCAAAGCCAACAUCCGGCAUAAAUGGUACUUUGACACGCUGUUUUGUCUUCUACCACCUUUACCGGAUAAAGAACUCAAAGUCCUGGACGGGUUGAUAGCCGGGACUGUGCUAUGGAAACCCCGGAAACGAAAGCAGGUAGAUGAGCCUUCAAAACCCCCAGAUAACCUCUUAUUGGAUCUAUUGGCGGAUGGUCCUCAGAAGGGUCCUACUUUCCGGCCAUAUCUUCUUGGCCGGCCGCACAAGAUCACCCCCAGGUUCAUGCUCCGCCAGUGGCGGCGUAUCUCUGCACUUGUGCCGCGGAAGUUUUGGAACGAGAAGUCGGCCAAGACGGUGAAGUGGAUUUUCCACUGGGACGACCCCAAAAAAAUGCCAACUUUGGCCUUUGACGUGGACCAGGACGCCGAUGUCAAUGAGAUUUUUGGAGAACCAUCCGAAGCCAAGAGCUCAUCUGAGAGCUCGCCAAAGACUCUAACACCACCUACCCGACCAAAAAAUAAGGUGAUAGUAUAA